AUGCGCCGCGUUCUCCGGCUGCUCCUCGGCUGCUUUCUCACCGAGCUGUGCGCCCGCGUGUGCCGGGCGCAGGAGCGAGCGGGGCACGGGCAGCUGGCGCAGCUGGGCGGCGUGGUAGUGCUGGCGGGGGGCAACCGCUCCGGGGCCGCCUCCGGAGAGGCCGGCGAGGGCGCGGGGGUCUCGGACGCUCCGCCGACCCGGGCGCCCACGCCGGACUUCUGCAGGGGCUACUUCGAUGUCAUGGGCCAGUGGGACCCGCCGUUCAACUGCAGCUCGGGCGACUUCAUCUUCUGCUGCGGGACUUGUGGCUUCCGGUUCUGCUGCACGUUUAAGAAGCGGCGACUGAACCAGAGCACCUGCACCAACUACGACACUCCGCUGUGGCUCAACACCGGCAAGCCCCCCGCGCGCAAGGACGACCCCCUGCACGACCCCACCAAGGACAAGACCAACCUGAUCGUUUACAUCAUCUGCGGGGUGGUGGCCGUCAUGGUGCUUGUAGGCAUCUUCACCAAGCUGGGGCUGGAGAAAGCGCACCGGCCCCAAAGGGAACACAUGUCCAGGGCCCUUGCAGAUGUCAUGAGGCCACAGGGCCACUGCAACACUGACCACAUGGAGAGGGACCUCAACAUUGUGGUUCAUGUCCAGCAUUAUGAAAACAUGGAUACCAGAACCCCCAUAAAUAAUCUUCACACGACCCAGAUGAACAACGCAGUGCCCACAUCCCCUUUGCUCCAGCAGAUGGGCCAUCCACAUUCGUACCCCAGCCUGGGCCAGAUCUCCAACCCCUACGAACAGCAGCUGCCGGGCAAAGAGCUCAACAAGUACGCCUCCUUGAAGGCAGUUGGAAGUUCUGAUGGUGACUGGGCAGUGGCGACACUUAAGUCACCAAAAGCCGACAAGGUCAAUGAUGACUUCUCCUCCAAGCGACGGCACCUGGCCGAGCUGGCGGCCAAGGGGAACCUCCCUUUGCACCCGGUAAGAGUAGAGGAUGAGCCGCGGGCCUUCAGCCCUGAGCAUGGCCCUGCCAAGCAGAACGGACAGAAGUCCCGCACCAACAAGAUGCCCCCACAUCCCCUGGCCUACAACUCCACCACCAACUUCAAGGGCUGGGACCCCAACGAGCAUUCCCUCCGGCGGCAGGCUUACGGUAACAAAGGCAAGCUUGGCGCAGCUGAGUCGGGCUCCAGCGACCCCUUGGGGACUCGCACCCAGCACUACCCACCCCCACAGCCAUAUUUCAUCACCAACAGCAAAACAGAAGUGACUGUCUGA